AUGUCUGUCUUUCUCUGUGCAUGCCAAUUUCUCUCUCUCUCUCUCUCUAUAUAUAUAUAUCUUUACCUACAUGCCAGUUUCCCUUUCUUUCUGUCUCUUUCUAUCUAUCUAUUUGUCUUUCUUUCUUUCUUUCUUUCUUUCUUUCUUUCUUUCUUUCUUUCUAUCGAUAUGUCAUACAAAAGAAUGCACAGUUCUGCAAAUAUUAUGGUUGGUAAUCUGGCCUUGGCUGACAUCGUCAUGUCUUCCUUGGACGCAGGAUUUGUUGCUGUUUCCAGUUUUCACGGUGGAUGGAUAUUUGGAAAUUUUGGUUGUAAGGCGUACGCAUACACAGUGUCAGUGAUGAGCAUCUUAUCUAUCAGUACCUUGACAUUAAUAGCAAUAGACAGAUAUGUUGUAAUCGUAAAAUGCUGGCUUGGUUCUACUCCAUCUUGUGGGCAACAUGCCCGCUCCUCGGCUGGGGCUCUUUCAUGCUGGAAGGAUUUGGAACCUCUUGUACGUUCGACUACUUAA